GACCGGCUUCUGCCGCCCAAUGACUUCUUGCUGCGCGUCUUCUGGCCUGGCCGGGCUGGGCCCGUCACUUCCUGCCCCUGAAGCCGGCACGAGGGAGACAGAGAUCCUGGGCGGGGGGCGGGGAAGGUAGCGCUGCCUUUGCCACCAACAUGCCCUUUGACUUCAGGAGGUUUGACAUCUACAGGAAGGUGCCAAAAGACCUUACGCAGCCAACCUAUACAGGAGCAAUUAUCUCUGUCUGCUGCUGUCUCUUCAUACUAUUUCUCUUCUUGUCUGAGCUUACUGGAUUCAUAGCGACUGAAAUUGUUAACGAGCUCUAUGUGGAUGACCCGGACAAGGACAGUGGCGGCAAAAUAGAAGUAACUUUGAACAUCAGCUUGCCAAAUCUGCACUGUGAAUUAAUUGGACUGGAUAUCCAAGAUGAAAUGGGAAGACAUGAAGUGGGUCACAUUGACAACUCAAUGAAAAUUCCUCUGAAUACUGGGGAUGGAUGCCGGUUUGAGGGCCAUUUCAACAUCAAUAAGGCAAGUUGGAAUAACAUCCAAAUCAUGGCAAGCCUUGACACUGUCAAAUAUCAUUUCAGAACAACCCUUCUUGUGCAUAAGUAUCUGUUUUCUUUCCUUCUCAAGGUCCAGAAUAUCCAUGGCGCUUUCAACGCUUUAGAGGGCGCAGAUAAGCUCAGCUCAAACCCCCUUGCAUCCCAUGAUUAUAUACUGAAGAUUGUCCCAACUGUGUAUGAAGAGAUGAAUGGCAAGCAGCGGUACUCAUAUCAGUAUACUGUAGCCAAUAAGGAAUAUGUCGCAUACAGCCACACAGGCCGCAUCAUUCCAGCCAUCUGGUUUCGUUAUGACCUGAGUCCCAUCACAGUGAAAUACACAGAAAGGCGACAGCCCUUGUACAGGUUUAUCACAACCAUCUGUGCCAUCAUUGGAGGAACAUUUACUGUGGCUGGGAUUCUUGACUCCUGCAUUUUCACCGCCUCUGAAGCCUGGAAAAAGAUCCAACUAGGGAAGAUGCAGUAGCAACGUAACUCUCGUUCUGGCCCAUGGGACAGAAGCAAUGAAUGAGAAGCCCACUGUUAUCAGUUUCUGCCUUUGUGUGUGAGGCUGAAUUGGCUCGUCUUUAGCUAGAUCAUGGAAAGCGUUUUCAAAGGAGCGAAAAGCGGAAACAAACUUACAUGUCUGAAAGUUGGCAGCAUUAACAAGGGGACUUGUGGUUCUGUAAUUUCCACUUGGAAAUGGUUGUAGACAUUAAUUGCCCUUUUGAUUUUCAAACCAAAACCUAUAAAUCUGACUAGCACAAUUAUUUAAGAGCUUCCAAAGUACUCUGUUAACAUUCAGUAAUUGGUGCACUGUUUUGUCUCGUGACAAAAUCGUGAGUGAAUGAAAAGUAGCCCUGGAGAUCAGUAUUCUGGAUGGAUCACUUGAUCAGUUAUGAAAGAUUCUGACAAUGAAUAUAAACUAGGAUCUUUUUGUCGUUUCCUGGAAAGCUCCCCUUUGCAUUCACACCUGUUCUCUGGAAUAAUCAGUGCAGUACCUUAUUUACAAGCAUAUGUUCAGAAGAGAGGACAAUCUAUUUCUUUAGCUGAUGUGAGAUCUGAAAAUAUUUUCAGUUCUUUCCAGAAACUGAAUAUCCAGUCUUAGUGUUUACACAUGGCGUGAAGUUACAAAAAACACAGAACAAAUGAUAUAUCAACUUUUAAUAUGUGGCCUUUUGUAUAAAGGGGGAUUUCUGUGGCGGCAUUUGUGUUUGUGCUCUCUCCUGUCUUUUGAAACAAAGACUACCCUGCUGUACUAAAAUUUUGAAGGGCAAUGAGCUAAAGUAUAGGUGGAAUUCUCCAAUACUGUAAAAAUGUAAGUGGGGGAGUGUCAUGUUACCAGGUACGUUGAACAAAUAUGGAGAACCAAGAAUGAUAACCUUCAGCAUGAGUUCAGAUGCCUUGGACAUCGUCUUGAAGCUUUUGUUUACAUCUAAAAUAUUUUCAGACUGCUGUCUUUUGCCAAACUGAUGUCCUCAAAGGCAGGAGGUAUAUUCUUUAUUAACUCAUGGGAGAGAUAGGCACAACACUGUGGGAAAAUGACUCGAGUAGGUACACAGCCUUCUUCCUCCUGGUAUAUUUCAGUUUUAAGCAUAACAAAAUACAUUGUGCCAUUCUCCGGUGAGUGGAGGAAGGGCAGAAAUGCUGCCAAGUCUGAGUCUUAAGAUUCCAUUGACAUUGAUUCAUUGGAUAUUAAAACAAGACCUGCCAAUUAAUUUUCAUAGACGAAUAACUCUUUGAUAUAUGACCCAUGUGAUAAUCGUUGCAUGCUUUGUACAUUUUGUAUCACCUCAGAUUGAACACACACCAGAUCUGAGUUCUCCUUGUUGUGUUGCAGUUCCUAAAACACUACAGAUUUCUAUGUUACAGUUUGGGGUGGAAAACCUAAAAACAUUAUUCUGCUGUUCAAGUAGUAAACAUGGCCCAUUAAUGGCUAUUUUUUUAAACAUCUGAAGGUAUCAAAUCAAUACACUGUAGUUAAAUUACUUUUGUCCAGAAGUAUUUCAAUCUGCCAGUAUGUCUUUUGAAAUUUCAGUAUGUUAGAAUGUAGGGAGACUAUUCAUUUUUCUUAUAUUAAAAGAUUUCCACAGGU